UGUCUAUGGUCGUAAGUAUAUAUAUAUGUCUAAUCCAUGGCAUGUAGACUUUCGCCGAGAUAUAUAACGUCCAGGCUGAUCUUCCUACUCGUGGAGGUGUAUUAGUCGGUAGGACCUUCAGGUGUGUCUUUUGAAGAUUUCGCCUCCUCGAGGAGGAACAAACGAAAAGGAAACAUGACAUUUCUGUCAACCCAUUUCUGGAUACCAAAAACAGACAAUGGAUAGACGUCCCUACUUUGAACUUUAAAGAGCUCUUUGCAUAAAACGACUCAUUCGCCAAUUUUAAGUAUUGAAAUGUGGGAGAUUUUUAUCUGUUAAAGUAAUUAAAAUUUUCGAAAUAUUUUAAACUAUUUUUGUUCAAAUGACGUUAUUGUAACCACCGCCAUAAAACGUCUCCUACGUUAUUUAUUUUUUACUAUUCAAGUAAUCAAGAAGUUGUGUUUAAAUGAUGGUUGUUAAAAUAAAUUUAAGAAUACAUAAUUUGUUAAUGCGUUGAAAAAGGAAACAAUCGUUUUAUUAUCAGUAAUGUCCGAAGGUGUUACAUCGGAAAUAAUGCAAAUAGGCAUGCAGCCCUUUAUGACUUUUGUGAAUGUUGAGAGUUCACGAGCCUAUAUUGACGACUUGUACUCACCAGAUUCCGAUAAAUGUUUAGAAUCUUUGAUUUGCAUUAAAAAUUCUGUUAUCGGGUCAAAUCGUCAAAAGGAAAGUGUCAUUGCACAGGGUAUAGUACCUCGUUUAAUGCAGAUUUUGAAGGAUAGAAAUUUGAAAACAAAUCUCCGACUUGAAGCAGCGGUUAUAAUCGGUUCACUAGCGAAAGGCAUGGCAGAUCAUGUUGAGUUGCUGUUAAAUUGUGGCACAAUUCCUUUACUUCUUGAAAUUUUAGAAGAAAAUGAAAAAUUACUGAUUGAUGUUUGUUUGUGUUGUUUACGAACUCUCGCUUUACAUGAUAAAGGAUCCUUAAGUACAACAUAUACACUGCAACAGUUGCAAAAGUUACUUAGUUUUGUUAAUCCAUCUGAAAAUAUACCACGGCAGGCAUGUGUGGCUACUAUUUUAAGUUGUGCUUGUAAAGGACCAGUUGAGCAGAAGGCACUUUGUGCAGCAGGUGCACCUCAGGUUCUUGCUGUAAUGUUAUGUAUGCAACAUAUAGCUGUGAGGAUUCCAACUCUGACUUGUUUAGCAGCGAUGUGUUAUGAGAAUAAGGAAGUUGCUGCAGAAGUUGCAAAUACUGUGUAUCAUGAUGUGAUGAUUCCCAAUUUACUAGUAUCUCUUUUGAGCAGAGACAAGCCAAUUGAAAUGCAAUUGGAAGCAUCCAAAUGUCUUACAAACAUUUAUAGGGCUGGGGCUUUAAGUGCUUUUGAUACAAUUAUUGCUAACAGGACCUUGCCGUGUUUAGUAAGGCUUUGUCAAGCUGAGCAUGCACUUCCAUAUAGAAUUGCUGCUGCUGAAAAUUUAGGAUAUUUAACAGAAGUUGACAGUGAACUACAACAAACUGCUGCCAUCAGUAAUCAACUAAUAGGAUCAUUGACUGAUCUUCUUAAUUCUUCAGACACAGCGGCACGCAGAGCUGCCUUCAGAAACAACUCCGUCGAUAUUUGCAGAGCAUUUGCGUCGCUAGGCGCCAACGACGAAGAUAUUCGUAAAAGGAUAAUAGAAACCAACAGACUAAUGGGGCGUGUAGUAGAAGGUCUUGGAGAUGAAGACGAAGGCAUUCGAUUAGCAGCAGUUCGUUGUCUACAUUCUCUAAGUCGAUCUGUUCAGCAGUUACGUACCACGUUUCAAGAUCACUCAGUGUGGCGACCUCUCAUGUCCCUUCUAACAGUUUUCGCGACAGGUUCACCUCCCCCGGAACUUCUUAGUGCAGCAUCAUCUGCUCUUUGCAAUUUACUGUUAGAAUUUUCGCCGGCUAAGGAGCCUAUGUUGCAACAAGGUGCGGUACAAUUGCUUGCAACUCUUACGACACGGCCGGAGGCAUCGCUACGUUUGAACGGCGUUUGGGCAUUGAUGAACCUGGCCUUUCAAUCGGAACAAAGAGUCAAAUCGCAAAUUUUAACUGCACUCGGUACGGAUCAGAUAUUUCGAUUACUGGCGGAUUCUGACACUGGCGUUUUGAUGAAAACUCUUGGAUUAUUACGGAAUUUGGUAUCACCGCGAGCUCAUACCGAUACUAUGAUGGCUUUGCAUGGAUCACAGGUAAUGCAAGCUGUUGUUUUGGUGCUGGAAGGUCCUCAUUCGCCCGAUGUAAAAGAACAGGCACUCUGCAUUUUGGCGAACAUUGCAGAUGGAGAAAGGGCAAAAGAUUAUAUAAUGGCGAACGAGGAUGUACUCAAGAAACUAACAGAUUAUAUGACACAUCCGUCGACGCGGCUUCAGACCGCUGCUAUCUUUUGUAUAGGAAACUUGGUACGUCGAGGAGAGGCGGGCGCACUGGAACGACAGCAACGACUUCGUGAUAUGGGAGUACUCACAAUACUACAUCAGCUUGUUUCUACACCUGAUAGUUUGCUUUUUGAUAAAGUAAAAGCAGCCAUGACGCAAUUUACGGAUUUGUGAAAGCAUUCGUUUACUGAUUAAUGGAUUAUUACCCGUUUUAUCUCACCUAGUGCUGUUAGUUAAACAAAUAUUGUUGCAAUCGUAAGCUAAGUCUUAGCACGUUUAUAUUUUACCAUAUUUAUUUUACUUACAUGUGUGAUUUUGGUUGUUGUAUCUGUUGAUAACUUAUUUGAACAUAAAGAGAAUAUACAUUCGUGAAAUCGA